CAUUUCUUUAAAUCUUCUGCUGUUUGCUGUUCUUUUCCUCUUUUUUUUUCGUUUUUUAAUUGAAAAAAGUGGAUUCUUGAUCAUGACUAAUACCACUACUCAUCUUCGGGAGUCAUCGAUACCACCCCAUCAAAGAUCAGAAUCAAUCCGUACUACCACCUCCAGCCGCAGUAAAAGAUCAACCUAUACUCUGCACGAUAUCCUCGGCAAUCCCAAGCUUCUCCGCGCCUUUGAAAAAUUCCUUCGCACAACAUGGUCCCAAGAAAAUUUAUUCUUCAUUGAAUCCAUGACCCAACUACGACAUGAACAUGACCCCAAAGUACUCGAAAGCAGUCUUCAUAGAAUUUUUAAAACCUUUCUGGUCAAAGGUGCACCUUACGAAUUGAAUGUAACGACGCAAGAAGAUGUCAAGAAUCGUAUCCAAAGCCUGCAAUGGGCUAUUGUCACUCGAACGGAGGCUGUCAACACAUUGAGAGAGACGGAGAUUCAAGUUUUGGAUAUGCUGAAAUUGAAGCUGGAUGAAUUUGUCAAGCUCCAAUUGCCGAUAGGACCUGUCAAUAACCCGCAACCUCGAAAGGAACAACUUCGCGUUGUCAUCAUUGGUGGCGGCUUUUGCGGUUUUACGGUUGCUUCGAUCCUCGACGCCAUGCCGUUAUUCCAUGUCACGCUUAUUGACACAAAAGAAUCGUUUGAAUAUACCCCCGGGGCCGUAAAAAAACUGGUCAAUCCUCAUCAGUCCACCUCUUUGCGUGUACGUCACGAUGCUUAUGUCCGAAAUGGACGAGUCAUCAUUGGUUAUGCUGACGAUAUUGGUCACGAUGGAACUUCCGUUGUGGUCAAUGAAGAAGAGAUUUUCUUUGACUAUAUGGUUAUGGCAUCGGGUAGCUCGUACGCUUCGUCUCUCAAGUCGACCGAUGUUUCCACCAUUUACCGUCUCAAUGGAUUGGAGCAAAUCUACGAAGAAUUGAUCCGUGCUCAGAAAGUACUCAUUAUUGGAGGUGGAUUGGUGGGUUGCGAACUGGCUUCGGAAAUCGCCCAACGAACAUUCCCUGGUGCUUAUCCAAAAAAGCACAUUACUCUUCUCGAUUCCAACUCAAGUAUUGUUGGACGAAGCAAUGAGGUUCAACAAGAAAGAGCCAUGCACUAUCUUCUCGAUCUUGGCGUGGAAGUCGUGUGCAACGAACGCAUCAUUGAUUUCGACACCGCCGAAAACAAUGUGUAUGUCAGUACGAGCGGGCGCGUUUAUCGUGACUACGAUAAAGUCUUCAUGGCAACCGGUACGCGGCCCAACAGCCAGCUUUUCUUGAACUCCACCAACGAAGCACCGCUGGACGGUUGUCUCGAUGCCUGGGGAAGAAUCCGGGUGAAGCCUACACUUCAGAUUGACCAUUACAAAUAUCAGCACAUUUUUGCCGGUGGCGAUGUGACCAAUGUGAUUGAAGAAAAAACCGGUUAUGCUGCCACCAUUGCCGGCGUGUGUAUUGCUCGCAACAUCUGUCGCAUGGUCAAAGGCAAAGCACCGCUCCAGCAAGGCAAAGGCGGCACGCUUCCUGCGCCGGAUAAACCAUUGCAUGGUAUCCUGUCGAAUGGUGGUAUUGGCAAAGAAAAACUGAGCGGACUGAAAAAGCGGUUCUCGUUCCUGAACCCGGCCUGGGCGGCAUUGAAGUAUUUUGACGAACAGCAAUUUAUGCGCAUCGUGCAAGGUGAAGCGCCCAUCUCUGCACAUGUCCUGGGUCGCUUACCGCGUCGGUUAAACGUCCGUCCUACGGAAUCUCCUCUUUCCGUGGAACGCAAGGCGGUACAAAUCUCGGGAUCACGAUCCAAGAUAUCUCACCAUCAUAGUUCUUCGUCGUCAAGCGAUCUCGAAAGCCACCAUGAAAACUGCCCCUGCAAAGAAAUGCCCGGUCUGGAAGACAACGGGAGUGACAGCAACUCUUCGUUGGAAGGCUUCCUCAUGGACCAUUUGACAUUGAACGACGAACGUUACCAAUUCUAUGAACAUAACCAGAUCCACUUUGAUACCGAAAAACCCCGUCAUUCCGAAAAGACACGUCGACGACGACGAAGCACGGUUUCCACUCCUUCUGGAGUCUGUGGCAAUACAUCCUCCCGAUGCAACCUGCAACCAUCCAUGUCAUCUUCCGCUAUUCACACUAGAGGUUAAAUUAUAUUCCCCCUUCCAUCCCUUUCUGUAUACUCGUAUAUCUACUUUUAUACUGACCUCUUACACUGGUCCUUCUUUUUUAUUUUCUUUGUUUUCAUGUUUUUCUCUUCUUAGAUAAUGUAUAAUAUAGACUUGUAUGUUUUUCUCUUUCAUUGCACAUUUGUUGAAAAGUUGAUAUAUUUUUUAUACGUUCUUUAUCCCAUUCCAAUUUACCAUAAAAUAGAAUCCCCCCUCCCCAAUAGAUAUCCUUAUGAAAAAAAAAAAAAAGGUUGCAAUAAAAAAAAACAUGGCGCAUACACUUUGAAAUCCCCAAUUUCGUUCUUCAUUGGU